AAAUAUUUAAAGAAGAAAAUAAAUAUUCUAAAGAAAACGCAUUAUAUAAACUUACGGUGCGCGAUGACGCUGUUAUUCUAGAAUACUUUUUGAACGACCCUCAGUUCAGUGUUUCCUACAUAGCUGGCGGUAGUCGGAGUCAUAUAGGUAAUCUGCAAGCAUGGCAACACAAGAAAAAGAGAAAAUCAAGGUCAAACAUCUUGAAAAAGCCCUUGUGAAGUUACUUGAUGAAGUGAAACAGAAGAAAACAGAUAACCUUUCUAAGACUAUUCGAAAAGACAACAUGUCUAAGACAUUAUCUGACCUACAUGAGCGUUUGAAAAAGGAAAAUUCUGAUAGUGAAUUUCUAGAAGGUGAUAAAGGAAAAUCAUUGGUAUUAAACAUAAGAGAGUGGGAAUAUUUUGAAAAUCUGCCAGUGGACUUCAAACAGUCUAUAUCAGCAUUUAAAUUUGAGGAAAAGAAACUUGCUGAUAAGAAACAUGGAGAUGUAAAAAAUCCUCCAACGCCGUCGUCUCCAAAAUGCAGUCGCACUGAAAACCAAAGCGUAGAUGUAGGAUCUGCACCAGUUCCAACACCAAGCAGCCAUAAACAAAGACCUGGUAAAGGAGCUGAAACUGAAAAUCAUCAAGAAAAAAUACAAACAUUGGAGAAAGAACUUGCAAAAGAGAGAAACGAAUCAGAGAAAAUGUUGCACAAAUUUAAUGACAGAGAGAAACAAAUUAAGGAACUUGAAAAAGAAUUGAAAGAAAGAGAUGAAAGAAACAACUUUUUAGAGGAAGAAUCAAAAAGUCUAGCACAAAGUCUUGGACAGGAAAAGAAGAUAAGAACAGCUGUUGAAAAUGAACUAAAGUCUGCUAAGGACAUGGUUCAGAGGCUUGAGAAACAUGUCAAUGAUGAUUCUGUUAAGUGUCAGGAACAUCAAAAAAGAAUAGCAGAAUUAGAAGCUGCAAAUAAAAAACUUGAAGCUGCAUAUAAAAAUCUUGAUAAACAGAAAUAUCAUAUGGAACAACAGGCAAACAAGAAUAUGGAACACAUGCAAAAUAUUCUUCUAGAAGAGAAAAGGAAAGCUGAUGACCAGUACAAAAAACUCUUAGCAGAUCGAGAUGAUUUACGAGACAGAUUUAGUAAGCUAGCUGGUAAGAAAUUACAGGAGCAGAAUGCUGAUAUAGCAGACCUCAGUGAUCCUAACAGAGCAAUGAAGGUGUCGGAGAAGUUUGGCCAGUUAUACGAUGAUGAUUGGACUAAUGCCUUUGAAAGUUUGACUGAUAAGAAGCUAGGCGUACCAUUAAAAAGAUGCCAUAAAUGUUCUACUACGCCUUCUUCAAGAAUGUUGGACGUUUUGCAAUAAACUGGUGGGCAGCACAAAUGGAAAGUUUUUACAAAAGUAUUUCUACAUCCC